UAGUGAUUUUGGCAGAGAAGAAAAUUUACAGGAAGUCAAAGUCGUCGUCCUUCUUUUGCCAAUGGGAUUCGCCUCUUCUUCAUCAUCAGUUUCCUACACAACUUCCUCUACACAAACUCAAAUCACAAUCUCUCUACUCCUUUUCCUCCAUCAUAUAGCUCCAUUCCCCAUUCCAAAAUCUGCUUCAUCACCCAGAAAAAAAAAAUAUAUAACACCUUCUCGCUCGAUCUGACUAAUUUUCCCAAGUAACAAUGUUCUUGCUCGUAGAUUGCUCCAACUGCCGUACGCCGCUGCAACUUCCGCCGGGAGCCACUUCCAUAUGCUGCGCCUUAUGCCGCGGCGUCACGCGUGUAGCUCAGCCACGCGCUGCCGCCGCCUCAUCCGUCGGCCUGCAUCAAAGACCUGCUCUUCCGCCGUAUACGGUUCCCUCGCCGUACAAUCGCGUCCCGGCGGGUACGUUGCCGUCGGCACAUGGGCGGAAGCGUGCUCUGAUAUGCGGCGUUUCGUAUAAGAACACGAAGCAAGAGCUUAAGGGGUGUAUAAACGAUGCUAAGUGCAUGAAGUAUUUGCUGAUCAACAAGUUCAGCUUCCCUGAGUCCUCGAUUGUCAUGCUUACUGAAGAAGAAACUGAUCCGUACAAACGUCCAACCAAACAGAACAUGAGAAUGGCCCUGUAUUGGCUUGUGAAAGGUUGUCAACCAGGAGACUCUUUAGUAUUCCAUUUCUCUGGUCAUGGAUCCCAACAGAAGGACUACAACGGAGAUGAGAUCGACGGUUAUGAUGAGACGCUUUGUCCCAUGGAUUAUGCAUCUCAAGGGAUGAUAGUUGAUGAUGAAAUCAAUGCCACAAUUGUCAAGCCUCUUCCUGCUGGUGUCAAGCUUCAUGCCAUUAUAGACGCUUGUCAUAGUGGAACUGUGCUUGAUUUGCCCUUUCUAUGUAGAAUGGACAGAAGUGGGAAGUAUGCUUGGGAGGAUCAUCGGCCUAGAACAGGUGUUUGGAAGGGAACGAACGGCGGGGAAGUCAUUUCCUUCAGUGGCUGUGAUGAUAAUCAAACCUCAGCUGAUACCUCAGCUAUGUCCAAGAUCACCUCAACUGGUGCCAUGACUUAUUCUUUCAUCCAAGCCAUCGAGCGUGGACAUGCAACUACGUAUGGGAAUAUGCUAAACUCAAUGCGAUCUACAAUUAGAAACACAGCUAAUGAUCUUGGGGGUGGUAUUGUGACAUCCCUACUCACCAUGCUCUUAUCUGGGGGAAGCCUUUCAGGCGGGAUGAGACAGGAGCCGCAGUUGACUGCCAAUGUACCUUUCGACGUGUAUUCAAAGACUUUCUCUAUUUAAGUAGUCACAGUCAAAGUAAAAUAUCUCUGUUCUUUAAUCUUUGCAAUUGUCUUGGUUACAAUUUCACACACUAAUUCUUUGAGUUUAUGUACAGUUCUGGAGAAAACUCAAUUCAUUGAAAUCAUGUGUUGUAUAUUAAAUUUAAAUAAAGGAUUUUUUUAUUGGA